AUGACAACUAUGCCGACAACAACGACAACGAUGCCGACAACAAUGACAACAACGGAAGCGACAUCGCCAACAACUUCGCCAUCAACGACGACACCACCAACAACACCGCAGACAACUUUGACAACAACAACGACACCAACAACAACACCGCAAACAACUUUGACAACAACGACGACACCAACAACAAUACCGCGAACAACUUUGACAACAACGACGACGCCAACAACAACACCGCAAACAACUUCGCCAUCAACGACGACACCAACAACGACACCGCAAACUACUUUGACAACAACGACGACACCAACAACAACACCGCAAACAACUUUGACAACAAUGACGACACCAACAACAACAACACCGCAAACUACUUUGACAACAACGACGACACCAACAACAACACCGCAAACUACUUUGACAACAAUGACGACACCAACAACAACAUCGCAAACAACUUCGCCAUCAACGACACCAACAACAACACCGCAAACAACUUCGCCAUCAAUGACGACGCCAACAACAACACCGCAAACAACUUCGCCAUCAACGACUACACCAACAACGACACCGCAAACAACUUUGACAACAACGACGACACCAACAACAACUUCGACGACACCAACAACAACUUCGACGACACCACCAACAACUUCGACGACACCGUCAAUAACAACGAUAAUGACGUCGACGACAACGACAUUCCCAUCAACAGCAUCGACAACACCAUCAGCAACCAUACCUACGUUACCAACAACAUCUCAGCCCUCAGCACAAUUGUUUUCCGGAGAAAAUUGCUUGAUGUUCACGAGGUCAAGUGUUGACGAGACCUUCCAGUCGCCCUUAGAAACUAUCGUCGCCACUUCCUCUUCAGAAUGCGCGUUACUCUGCUACAAGAACGAUGACUGCAGAAGCAUCAGUAUAAAGGGCUCUACACCAAGCAUCACGUGCGUUCUAGGUAUGGACAAUGCAUUAACACAGCUGGACACAGGGGCUGUCAUAUUUGAUAUGUCAUAA